CUUCUUGAUAUUUUUAUCUCGGAUCCAUAUGAUAUGUAGGCUUGGACAUGGAAGGCCCACGGGCAAAUUGCACAAUCCAUAUCUGGGUCGUAUUCCUAUGGUCUUAAUGCCGGUGUAGGAAAAUCCUGUGCCGGUUAUAUGAUACCAAACAGAACUAGGUCAUUGCAGUUGUCACUUAUAAAUAUGGAGGCAUUGGAGCCAUGAAGUGGUAAAGGGGAAGGAACAAUGGCGAGCGUGGAGGAGAUUUCAGGAAUAAAGAAGAAGACGAGUAGAGAAUUACCUUCUCGGAGAAAGAAGACGGACAACAAGCUAAUGGCCCGACGAUGUGAUGAGAUUGAUCUCCUCACAGCUGAGAAAUCAGCGAUCUGCUUCCAUAGGAGAAAUUCGACUACAUACGCCUUUUACUUGUUUAACUUCUCCUCCUCAGACGAAGAAGAAGAAGAAGAAGAAGAUUAUCGCUAUCGAAUUCUCCAUGGGCCAUAUGGACUUGGAAGAAGUGUUCUACCUUCACUCUUUGGACCUCAACAGAUGCCUAAGGAGAGAUGGGGUGGCAGGUUUGCUGCCUUGGGCUCCAAUAUCUACCACAUAGGCGGGUUCGAUUUAAGUAAAAAGGUGCAUUGUUUUGAUACGAGUAAUCCUGAGGGGGGUUGGAGGGAGGUUGCUCCCUUGAUUAGAGGCGGGCAUUCGGCCGCUGUAGCUGUUGUCGACAAUAAGAUUUAUGUCAUGGGUAUUUAUUCUGGGGAAGAUAAAGAGGAACCUUGGGGCCAAGUUUUCGACCCUGCCUUAAAUACGUGGAGUCCCAUGCCUGAACUUCCCUCUUCCACUGUUAGAGCUCAUUACUUUACACAUCUUGAUGACGAAAAAACCAUUCUUGUUGCUGCUGAUGGUCGCAAAAUCUUAUAUGGCUAUAAAGUCAAAACCAAUUCUUGGUUUAAGUUCGACGAGGAUUUCAAGGAAAAAGGAAAAAUCUUUGCAAUGAGCGGGCCUCGUGUGGCAGUCAAUAGAUGCUUGUAUUGGCUUGGUGACGAUGAGUUGUAUGGUUAUGAUUUAGAUGAGGGAGAGCUUUACAUUGGUAAAUUUGGGUACCUUGAUUUGGAGCUUCGAGGGAUAGUUAGGCAUCCUGGAGAUAAUAUUUGCUCUGAGUAUGCAAUGAGCGACGAAUGUAGGUUACUUGCUUUAGGUGGUGGAAAGUUGUGUAUUGUUUGGCAGCAUGACAAAAUAGUUGGCCCCUACACCGACCCCCUCAUUGACCCUAAUGUAAAUGAUUCUACUUUUUAUUGUGUUUAUUGUGUCAAGUUUCAGGUUUCCAAAGGUAUCCGCCCAUCCAAGGAGGGCAAACUGGAACGCGUCCUGAACAUUUCGGUGGAGUCUUCUAAAUCCUUUCUCGUAAAGGGGCCUUUCUUAGAAUUGGGUUAUGUUUCAGCCAUGGAAGGAGCGGUGGCAAGCAAGGAAGAAAUCUGUGGAUUGCAGCAUAGGAAGAAGGCAAGAAAAAUUGAGUCAAAGAAGAGCAACAAACCAAUGCUCCAAAGAUGUUCUCAGUUUUCCUCAAUGGAGAAAUCUAUAUGCUUCUGGACAAUAGGUGUCGAGUAUAUAUCUAACUUUUACAUGUUCAACUUUUCAUAUGGUGAAGAUAGCAAAGCUGUUGAUGAUCAUCAUUACCAAAUCAUUCAUGGCCCGUAUGGAUUUGGAAGAAGCUUGCUACAUCCAAUAGUGAGUGGUUACAAGAAAAAUCGAGAAAGCAGCUGUAUUGCUCUGGGCUCUACUAUCUACUGUUUAGGUGGGUUCCAUAAGACUAAGUCUAGUAAACUUGUAACUCACACUAGAAAAGUCCACUGUUUUGACACAAGGGAUCCUGGUGGUGUUAGGAAUAAAGUUCCUAGCAUGAUCAAACCUAGGUUUCAGCCUCAUAUACAUACACUGGAAGGUAAGAUUUAUGUCCUGGGAGGUCUUCAUAAGGAUGAUACAAGUGGACCAUGGUUGGAAAUGUUUGACCCUUGCCUUAAUAAAUGGAUUGGCUUAUCAUCUGACCCUUACAUCAGUACCCCUCUAGAUUCAUGCUUUACAUCAGCCCUUCUUGAGGACUCCAAAAUCUUACUGGUUUUUCAUGAUGGUCAGGAUUACAUGCAUGCAUAUGAUAUUGCAAUGGACUCUUGGUAUGUCUAUGGGGAUAAAUUCGAUAGAAAAGAUUAUCCUUUUUUCGGUGAAGUUGUGACUAUUGAUAAAACUUUGUAUCAGUAUGAUUGUAAAGAUGGUAUUGUUGCAUAUGAUCUGGACAAGAAAAAGUGGUUCAGGGGUCAAUUUUGGCGGUCACACUUGGAGCUAAGGGGGCUGCUAUCACAACCAGUAGAUUCUCAGUUAGAGUCUGAGGUUUUUCCAAUCUUGCUCCAUAUUGGUGGUCGAAAACUCUGUCUCCUUUGGCAGCAUAGGAAUACAACAUCUGGAGGAAAGGAUAAUGAAAUUGUAUCUGGAGUUAGUGGUUGUCCAAAAUGAAGGCAAGAAUGAGGUCUUCUCCAUUUUUUAAAGUUUUUAAAAUUUUUCUAUCUUCAGCCUAAUUUAAUUUUUAACCAUUUACAUAUUAAUGACGUAUUUUUGGUAGUUAGAGCAGCUGUCUUUGCGAAAGUAGGUUAUUCUUUUAGGUAGAUGGAAAAUAAAAAAGAUAUUAAAACUGUUCUUUUUUUUUUUCAGUUGUUUGAAUGUAAAAUUAAUUAGACGUGAUUCAAGGAUGCAAGAGCAACAAUAGGAGGAAAAGCUAUAUUGUUAUUUGUUUUGAGAUUUGAUAUAUUGCAUUAAAUCUAGGGGAUCAAGGCUAAUUAUUAGUUGUAAUUAUAUACAUACUAUAUGAAUGGAUGGUUGUAUGAUGCAUGCUUAGAAAUAUGAAUGUUGAAUGGAAUCAUAGGCCAAUUUUUAUUAUAUUUGAUAUAGGUUAUUGGCUUAGGCUACUUCUGGUUUCAACUAUAUUCAAUUACAGUUGAAUUUCGUUGGAAAUACUUUGUUAUUACUAUUGUUGUGCCAGGUGAGGUUUAACAGCGUUCAUGCUGAGAAGAAUACAAGUGCUUUUGGGUUUUGUUUAUGGAAGAAGCAUGUAUUUAUGACAUAAAAGCCA